AUGGAACUCAAACCCAUCCCUGCUUUCUAUUGCUGCUACCUCCUCCGCUCCACAGUUCGCCACGCGAGCACCUAUAUUGGCUCGACACCGGAUCCUGCGCGUCGCCUGGGCCAGCAUAAUGGCAAAGUCAAGGGCGGCGCUGUUCGCACAUCCCGGUCAAGUUUGCGGCCCUGGGAGAUGGGUUGCAUCGUUGCUGGUUUCCCGUCGAACAUUGCCGCCUUGCAAUUCGAAUGGGCCUGGACUAAUGCUCACUUGACCCGGCAUAUUUCUGCCGAGCAACGCAUUUCGUUUGCGACGACGCGCACCAAGGCUUCAAAAUCCGGCAAAAUAACCCACAGACCGGGUAGACCAAGGAAUUCGUUGAUCGACAGGUUGUCCAAUCUCCAUCUGUUGCUGCGGGUGCCCUAUUUUUCCAAAUGGCCACUUGAGGUGCGCUUCUUCAGCGAGGAUAUGUACCGGUGCUGGACGACCUGGUGCGCCCGUGUAGACAGGCAUAUUCGGCCUGGUAUAAAGGUCAUCUGGGAUCCAGCACAGCCCGGGGAGCAGGAAGAAGACGAGUUUUCUUCUGCUCAGCCCCAGGCGAGCCAGAGAAGGAAGAGGAAGGCAGAGCUCAUCGGAAGGGGUGGCCCCGAGGGCGUCGAUCCGACAUAUGCCCGACUGAGAGGUGUUUUCGAGAAGAGCCAAUUUCUACUCGACGACGGCGACAAUCAGAAGUGCUCCUUGUGCGCCGCAAGCAUCGACCUCCACAGGAGCCUUUUUGUUAUCUGCCACAUGGAACAUUGCCAGAGCAUUUCUCAUGUGACUUGCCUGGCCGAUGCGUCACUGCACAGAAAUCAGUCAGCCUCAUCCAUCGUCCCAGAUAUAGCAGUCUGCCCUUCGUGCACAAAGGAAACCGCUUGGGUGGAGUUAAUGCAACAGGUCACGUUAAGAAACAGAGGAGUGAAAGAGGUCAAGAAACUCUUGGGCAGGAAGGGGAAGAAGUCCACAGCAGCAGUUGCAGCGGAGAUCAUGGAGACAUGUAGUGAAGCCAGCGAUUCGCCAAGAGAGGAAGAAACACUUACCGCGGAACGUGUGGUUGAUGAGGGAUUGCAACUGGGUUCUGAUGAAGACGAUGGAUUAUCCGUUGCAUCGGCAGAUUCGUUCGUUAGUGGUCCUUCGGAUCGCGAAGCUGGACACAAGCCAAGAUCUAUUGCUGCCGCUGGAGAGCGCUCAAAACCAUUGCUAGAGAUGGUCAUAGAAGAUAGCGAAGAAGAGAGAUGA